AUGUGUGGUGCAUGUGAUGUAUCACAGCUCAAUCUUGAUGAUGUUUGCCGUUUAGAAGUGGAAGAUUACCAUGCCUAUACCAGUGUCAUGCAAAAUUUGACUCCUGAACGUUUAAUCAUCUGUAACCCGAGCUAUACUAUUGAUGACACUAAUAUUAUUCGUGAUCAUUAUAACAUGAUUAAAGCUGCCAACGACCACAAGCACCCAUUGCCUGUUAACUCCAACUUUGUCAACAACGUCCUUAACCCGUCUAUUCCCAAGAACGUUCAGGUUGUUAGAGUUGUUCCUUAUAACUUGUUUUCUGAUGACACUAGUGGUAAUUCUACAUCAAAAUGGAAUUGCUUCGAUACUUGGUUAAUGAAUCCUGCUGCUUUGCCCCUAAGUAUUGCCAAUUAUUACUUGAACCAAUUGCUUUUAUGUGGGUACGUAUUUGUUGUCGCUCCUCUUUUGUUCAUCAAGGCUGACAAUCCUCGUCAUGCCGAGAUAACUUGCUUAAAACAUUCAACGGCUACAUUUGCUUGUAGAAAGUGCUUCUGGUGCCGCCAUGCCAAUAAUUACAAUCAAAAUAUAAGGACCACUCCUGAAGAAUAUGUGUCAGCUCCAAGGGAAAAAGGGCAUUGGGAAAGUUUAUUUAUUACAAGCAACUUACCUAUUCCUGAUUUUUCGAUCCGGGUUCGUGAUAGACAGGGUCACUUUAUUUUUGUUGAUGAUCUGAUGACUCUUGGUUUCAAAGAUUCUAAUGGUAAGGGCUUGCUGGGUCUGUCCUCUUGGGAUCGAAGUAAAGAUACGCCAGUUGAAAUAUUGCAUGGAUUAUGUCUGGGCUUGAUCAAGUACACCUUCAACAAGGCUGCCGAUUGUUGUUUUAACAAAACCCAAGUCGAUGUUAUCAGUUCUCUAUGUUGUACUUACGGAUCAAAGGCUUUCACUGACUUGUCCACGCAUCUGAAGGGUUACAAAAGCUACCUUGGAAGAGAUUUCAAGCUUAUGGUCCAGAUGAUUCGAAUUGUACUGAGACUUGCUAAGGAUGACCGGGCAUUCUUGACUUUUCGUAACGAUCCCCACCACAGGAUGAAUAACAUCAUCGAUACUUUCGAUAAGCUUGGUGAGCUUUGUUCUCUAUUGUAUAUGUCGAAAAUUUAUACCAACUGUCAUGAUCCUGUUACAUUUUAUGCCCCAAAUAUGCAAUAUGAAAGCCAUUCAUUCUCUGUCCUGUCCUGCCUGUCUUCUUCCUCCCUCGUUCCUGACACCAACUUUGACGAAUUUGUUGAGAUGCUUCGAAAGGCUGCCAAUGAUUCAAUCGUUGCUUUGGAUAACCUUGAUCAUACGGCAAUUCCAAGUAACAGGCGUUCUCGUCGGGGUCGUAGAGCCAAUCAAGCUUCUACAACUGAAAAUGUAGAUGAGCCAUCGGUGAUGUUUCGUGAUGUUGUGCCUCCUGAAGAAGGUGAAGAUUCUGACGAUGAAGACGUAACUUCUGCUGCUGCUACUGGUGCGCAUGCUACUGGUGCGCAUGCUGGUGCGCGUGCUGGUGUUCGUUCUCGUGCUGGUGCUAGUUCUGGUGAACAGCUUAAUGGUGCUUCCAUUCCAUACGCCAAGACAGGUGGCCCUCUGUGCAAUCGUUUGAAAACACACUUGAUCAUUCACUUGGUGGAGGAUUGUAUUCGUUUUGCUUCUCCUGUGCUUUUGGCUACUGAAAAGAAUGAAUAG